AUGCCGUACUCUGCCUUCCUGGAGGAAGCAGACGCCGUUGCUGCUUCGCUGGAGGCCAAUGUGGCCACCUUCUCCAACACUCUGCGGAAUACCAGGCGCCGGGCGCUGGCAGCUGCACGCGCCGAGUUCCAUUCCUGCCUAGCGGACUGGUCGGCGCAGGUCCAGGCGCAGGCCCUCCAACGCUCCAGUCUCGAGAGCGCCGCUGUGCAAGCACGGAAGGCCAGCUUCCGUUGGGACCAGCGCUUCAACCCGCUCAGCGCCCUGAAGGGGGAAGCGCAGGAAGCGAAGGACGCGGAGGAGCUGGUGAAGCAAAGCGGAAUGCGGCUGGAGAUCCGGCUCCAGGGGCUGCAGCGCGACCUCGCCGUCCUGAAGCAGAGCCUCGCUUCCCUGGAUCUCCCGCCCAUGCUGAUGCGGACGGGUGAGGCAGAACUGCUCAACGGAGAGGUGCUUGGCACCGUGACGGCUGCCAUUGGCCAGUGGUCGGGGUUCAGCUUCAAUAUCUCUGCCAUAGUGGAGCGCAGAUGCCAGGAGGAGUGCAGCUCCUUUGCCCAAGCCGGCCAGCUGCUGCAGCAGAGAGCGCAGCAGCUCGGCGCCGACGCGGUGGUGGGCGUUCGUUGGCUGCAGUGUGACUCCUUCCAGAUCGAGAAGGAGAAGAAGGAGAACGGGCCGACGACCUACCGUCGGGUUCAGCGGCAC